UACGCUCGCGGGCAGAGGACGCCUGUGUGUUUACGUUCAGAUGCUCACAACAAAGGAGGGCGCACCGCGGACGGGCUGUCACUCACAACACAAACACCGUGCGCGUCUCCUCCCGGUGACCGUUCACUACUCUCAGCUCCGGGAACCGGGACGACGAACGAGUCCCCGUCGGCUUACGUUUUUUCUUUUCUUUUUUUUUUUUAAAUCGUUUUUUUACGUUUCCGUUUUGUUUCACUUGCCGCCGUGAAGCGGCAGGAGGGGAGCCGACCUCCCCGGAAUCGAUCGUGUCUUUGUGUGUGUGUUUUUAAAGCGUUAGCUCGCUCGCUAGCAGCAGCCGGCGGAGGAGCUAGCAGCACCGGGGACGCUCACAUUCAUCGGUACGCCGCGGGCAGAAGGUGGGAGACGGACACAUGAAGCAUGAGAGGGUGAAGCUGAGGCUCAGCUGACCCUUCCCCUUCCUCCACCUCCUCCUCUUCUCCCCCUGUGUACCAUUUGGUCUUCACCUCCCCCUCCCUCCCCCCUUCCCCUCCCUUCCCACCCUCCCCCUCCUGUGUCCCUCCCCCUGUUGGAUCUCGCCCUCCUCCUCCUCCGCCCCUCCAUCCGCCGUGCUCGAUGUACUCCCCGGAGCAGGAGAACAUCUCCACCACCUCCUCCACCAAAGUGCCAGUGAAGUAUGGAGAGCUCAUUGUGCUGGGGUACAAUGGCUCCCUGCCCAACGGGGACCGAGGCCGACGUAAGAGCCGCUUUGCACUUUUCAAGAGACCGAAGUCAAACGGGGUGAAACCCAGCACAGUUCACAUCGCCUGCUCUCCACAGGCAGCCAAGGCCAUAAGCAACAAAGACCAGCACAGCGUCUCUUACACUUUGUCUCGAGCCCAGACGGUGGUGGUGGAGUACACCCAGGACAGCAAUGCAGACAUGUUCCAGAUCGGACGAUCCACGGAGAGCCCCAUCGACUUCGUGGUGACGGACACGGUGGCGGGCAGCCAGAGCAACGCCGACACCCAGUCGGUCCAGAGCACCAUCUCCCGCUUCGCCUGCCGCAUCAUGUGCCAGCGCACGCCGCCUUACACCGCGCGCAUCUACGCCGCCGGCUUCGACUCCUCCAAGAACAUCUUCCUCGGGGAGAAGGCCGCGAAGUGGAAGACGCCGGACGCUCAGAUGGACGGGCUGACCACCAACGGCGUGCUGGUGAUGCACCCGCGCACCGGCUUCACCCAGGACUCCAAGCCCGGCGUCUGGAGGGAGAUCUCCGUCUGCGGCCACGUCUUCACGCUGAGGGAGACCCGCUCGGCGCAGCAGCGCGGGAAGAUGGUGGAGGCCGAGAGUCAGGAGCUGGUGGACGGCUCCCUGGUGGACCUCUGCGGCGCCACCUUGCUGUGGCGCACCGCCGAGGGCCUCUCGCGCACCCCCACCCUCAAGCACCUGGAGGCGCUGCGGCAGGAGAUCAACGCGGCGCGGCCGCAGUGCCCCGUGGGCUUCAACACGCUGGCCUUCCCCUCCAUGCGGCGCAAGGACACGCCGGACGAGAAGCAGCCGUGGGUGUACCUGCAGUGCGGCCACGUGCACGGCUACCACGACUGGGGCAACCACCGCGAGGAGCGCGAGGGCCGCCAGCGCGAGUGCCCCAUGUGCCGCGCCAAGGGCCCCUACGUGCCGCUGUGGCUGGGCUGCGAGGCGGGCUUCUACCUGGACGCCGCCCCCCCCACGCACGCCUUCAACCCCUGCGGCCACGUCUGCUCGGAGAAGACGGCGUCCUUCUGGAGCCAGAUCCCGCUGCCGCACGGCACGCACACCUUCCACGCCGCCUGCCCCUUCUGCGCCCAGCAGCUGAGCGGCGAGCAGGGCUUCGUCAGACUCAUCUUCCAGGGGCCGCUCGACUAGGCGGGGGGCGGGGGGGGGGGCGGCGGCUUCCCAGCAUGCUUUGCGUGAGGCAGACCCUGCAGUACAGAACGGGGGGAUACACACAUUUGGUUUUCUUUCCUCUGCCGCUGAAAGAUGAACUUUUUUUGUCUCUCUCAUUUUUAAGUGACCUUUGUAUUGAUUUUUUUUCAUGAAUGACAACAAAGAUUUCUAUAUUUUCACGUGAAACCAGAAACAAACAGAGGACACUGCUGGCUUAAAACCUUUCGUUUGUUUCUGGGAAAGAACUUUCAGCAACAGUAUUUUUCUAAAUUACUAACACUUGUAUUCAUGUUUAUUGUUGCAAUAUCCAUCUAUGUACAUCUCUCAGAGCUAAUUUAAACAGAGACGUUUAUUUAUGGCUUCACCCGUUUUCCGUGCUUAGCGUUUUUAUUUUAAAAUACAGUAUAUUGAUCAGAUAUAAAGUUUUAAAUGUCUUCUGAGGGUUUCGUCUUUCCCCCUCAGAUCUGUCCUAUUUAUACCCCUCGUCCUCUGGCGUGCUCUCACCUUGUGUGUCCCCCCCCCCCCCCCCCCCAUCAUCCUUUCACAUUAAAAGCAAUAGAUUUGGAACUCAAACCUCACAAAGCAUUGUGGGAAACUGAGUCCUCCAGACGUCUGUGUAACACUCGGAUGGACUCCUCCCUCCCUUUAAAUUCCACUGACGCGUUUCUGUUGGUGAGUGAAUCUCCUCUGGUCACAUGUUGGCAGCGAUGUAGCACACACACACACACACACACACUCAAACUGGGUCAGAUCAUUUUUACUAUAUUUAAAGGAACUUGCACACAGAAACUAGUUCAAAAUGAGAACUUUGUUCCGUUGUGCUCAGGCUCACCUGCACAGGUACAACAACAACACUGAUAACGAGUAUUGAUCCUGAAAUAACAACCUCAGCUUGUGUCACGUUCAACACGCUGUCAGAGCCCUUAGAGACGCUGUUUUAUUUUGAAAAACGCUGAUUUUAAACACAUGAUUUGUGGGAAGGGGGACUUUAAAAUGUGCUUCUCACCUGAGUGGUCGCAGUGCAGGAAGUCCCGCCCAUCCGAACGCACUCAACUGUAGCUGUUUGACUCAGGUUUAAAACACACAAACGCGCGUGUGUCUCUGUGUGUGUGUGUGUGUGUGUGUGUGUGUGUGUGUGUGUGUACUUUGCGGCGAGCUGUUAAAUGGACUCGAGCUUCUCACCAGAUCAGUUUGUUGUACGACUAAAACAAGCAAUCGGUGCAGGUGAAUGAAAACGUUCAAUGAAGAAUCGUCCAGUUAAUGCAGAGAGCUUUCAUUUCAUAAGAGACAAUGAUUUGAAAUCUAACCUAAAUAAUUAUGUACGGUUUAAUGAACUCAAAUGAUGAAAGUUCUCAGCUGUGUGAUUACAUUUCUUCAGUAAAGGAACGAUUCUACUUGCGCUCUAACGAGAUGAAUGUGACGUUCGGUGCUCCUCGUUUCAAACUUUUUAUCUCAGUUUUGGUCCAAAAAUGUUUCAUUCGAUACUUUGUUAAAUCCUUCAGCUCUUCAACCCAAACGCACACGACCAUCAAUCGAGAAUUGAACGAACGCGCCGAAUAAGAUCAAACACUUAAAUCAGGAGUGUGAAUCGUGAGGUCAGAGGUCACGAAUCCUGUAAUCAAUGAUACAUCACUUCGUGUUGAGAGAGACACACACAGUUGCACUGUAGAAACCCAUCAGGAGUGUGUGUGUGUGUGUGUGUGACCUCACCUCAGGGAGAACACAAUGACCUGUGACACACACACACACAGACACACACACACAAGUCUUGUGAGGUUUCCUCGUGAUACAAACGUCUGUUCUGGAUUUCCUCCUCCCCAUUUUUUUGUGUUUGGUUGUGUGUCUCAGUGAGUUAAAUGUGAGUAAAGGGCUUCACUUUGUGUCUGUACUGUUAUCUUCUACUUUCUCUUCUCCUUCUUCCUCUUAUACUUCCUCUAUUUCCUCUUCCUCUCCUUUGGCAUCUCCUCGUGCUUGAAAAGGCAAAAAGCAAAGAAUGUUUCCAACACUUUUUUUGUAACAACUUUAAACAAUAAAGUGUAAAAGUGAAAUGUUU